AUGUGUUGCAGAACUACCAUACUUGGUCGCAUUGUUUAAAAUGGUCGUACUAUAUUGCAAUAAAAAAAAAAUGUCAACUAUUUACGAUAAUAUGAUGGCCAAUUGGAAGAGCAAGAAAAGUAAUGAAGAAUUAGAUAUAAUGAUUAAAAGUGGUCGCAAAGGGAAACAAUUUUCAUUGAUAUGCCUCAUUAUGGGUCAUGUAACAAUUACCGCUCGUUUAGUUCAAUGUAUUUUUGAGAACUUGCCUAAUUGGAAUAGUCCAGUACAUUUGAGAAAUUUUACAUUAUAUGUUGAUGCAUAUUUUCCAUUUAGAUGGAACUACAGUCCAACUUUUGAAAUUAUAUGUUGUCUCCAAUAUAUCGGCACUGUUUGUGGAACAAUUGCAUAUACUGGAACAGACAGUUUCUUUAGUCAAUUAUCUUUUCAUUAUACCGCACAGUAUCAUAUCUUACGUUUGAGAUUAUUGCAUCUUAUCAAUAAUUUUAAUAACGCAAAAAUUAAAUCCAAAUUUAAUGAAAAAUUUAACAAUAUUAUCAACUUCCACCAUCAAAUUAACAGUUGCAUUGAAAUCAUAGAAAGUACCUUUCACCUGAUGUUUCUUGUACAGCUGCUUGCAUGUACUUUUCAAAUUUGUUUGCAAGCAUACUUUUUUAUUUUGUUUAUAACUCAUGAAAAUCACAGUUCAAUGAUAUCAGAGAUCUUAUUUAUAGUGGUAUUUUUUAUGUACAUAAUAGGAAACUUCUACAUUUAUUGCUAUUUAACUGAAAUGUUACAAAUGGAAAGCUAUGCAUUUGCAGACACUGCAUAUGAAACUGAAUGGUUUAAUUUACCUUCACAAAAAGCCAAAUCUCUUCUCCUACUAAUGCGAAGUGGCAAUAAACCUGUACAAAUAACAGCUGGAAAAUUCGUCGUCUUCAAUUUCCAACUCUUUGGAAGUAUUAUUAAAACAUCAAUGGGAUAUCUGUCAUUUUUAAUCACUAUGAGAAAAAGCAACUAAUAAUUUCUACUUCUGAAGGGAAAAAAAUAAUUUAAUAGUAAUAAUAAUUCUUAAAGUACAA